CCGACCAUCUUCACGGGCUCGCGCUUCAACGGCAACGACAACGCGCCCAACAACACGGACGAGUACGGCCGCUUCUUCGACGACCGCCGUCGUGAUAUCUCGCCCGGCUACUUCCACGUCGCCGUGACCAACAUCAUGGGCCGCUUUAACCACAGCUUCGUCGUCGACAUCACGGCCGGCAACGAGGUGUGGAACCAGCCCGUGCGCAGCUACGAGAUCCUGCGUCUGUCGUGGACGACCCCCAAGGCCGCCGCCAAGAAAUAUUUCAACGUGGACAAGUACCCGUUCAACGACGCCGCCACCAAGAUCGCCGUCGUCACCACGCGCUUCAGCUGGAUCGUCGAGUCCGGCGUGAACGGCCCCCUCGUCGCCACGGGCAUCGUGGACAAGUACACGACCAGCGCCGACUACGAGUACAUCCUCGAGACGGACGAGACGUACCAGAUUCUGGGCGGCGAGUGGCUCUCGGGCUCCAAGGCCAACCACCCCGACUUCCUGUGGCUGCCGGCUAGCAAGCCCGACAACGCGACGGUCACCUCGGUGGGCCUCGUGUACUCGGAGAUCGAGGGUCUGCUGGACGAGUCUGUGAGC